AUGGAGCCGGAGUGGCAUGUGUGCGUGAAAGAGUUGCUGCAGUUUGUGGAGGUGGAGCUUUGGCUGAGCUACUAUGCCGUCACGCCGACAUUCUUCUACCACCGAGACAAUCGUAAUUACUUUCCCCCGGCACAAAGCGCGAUGCCGCAAACGCGAUACAUGGCAAUAUUGAAUGCGUUGGGAGCGCAAAGAGCUCGUAGUGAUGACAGCUGUGUGGAGAAAUCGGAUUCGUAG